AUGACCAAUAAAAAAUAUUCAGCUAUUAAAAAGGGUGAUACUAUUUUAGUUACAGGAGCUACAGGGUUCAUUGGAGCUUGGGUAGUACUGAAAUUGUUAAAUGAUUAUAAAGUUAAACUCGUCAUAAGAGAUGAGAGUAAAUAUCCCAAGCUUAAAGAAAUCUUUGGUGCAGUAGAUUACGCUGUAUGUAAUAUUGAUGAUUUAGACAGUUUGAAAGAAGCUGUAAAUGGGUGUCAAGGAGUAAUUCACCUAGCUUCACCUUUUACUUUCAAAGUCAAUAACUACGAGGAAGAAUUAAUGAAACCUGCCGUCGAAGGAACUACUACAAUCUUAAAAGCAUGUUUGCAUAGUGAAGUGAAAAGAAUAGUUAUAACUUCAUCUUUCGCAGCCAUUUAUGAUGCCGCAAAAGGUUUGCAGCCACAUAAAGUUUAUACUGAAAAGGAGUUCAGUCCAUUAACUUAUGAAGAUGGAGUUAAUGCUAAAGACCCUGGGAUGGCUUAUAGAGCCUCUAAAUCGGUUGCUGAGAAGGCAGCCUGGGAUUUCAUAAAACAACAAGAUGCUAAUUUCGAUAUCUCGGUGAUUUGUCCUUCUAUGGUAUUUGGACCUUUAUAUUCUACGACAUUAUUGAAGUCCUUAGCUGACAUAAAUUCAAGUAAUGCUGUUAUUUGGAGUUUGGUUAAUGCUUCUGAGAUCCCACCCACAAAAGCACCUCUUUAUGUUGAUGUUAGAGAUGUUGCUGAUGCUCAUGUUAAUGCUUUGGUAUCAGAAAAUGCUUCGAAUUCGAGAUAUUUAGUAUCAGCUGGAGAUUAUGAUACUCAAGAAAUAGCUGAUAUCUUGAGAUUGGCCAAAUUCAAAAAUAUUCCUGCUGGUACUCCAGGUCAGAGAAUAUCGGGUACUCAUUUCAAAGGUGAUAGUUCUAAGGCAGUUAAAGAUUUGGGUAUCCAAUUCAGACCCUUAGACCAAUCAGUUAUUGAGUUGUGUCAUCAGCUUUUAGCUUAUCAACCAUAA